CACCGACUUCCGGUAAACUUCAUUCCUUGGCAGCGAAAAGGUUAUGUGCAAGUAUUAUAAAAGAUAUAGAGGUUCAAUCAUUACACCAUCAAAAUGGCUGCUGCCAACAAUGACACAGACAAAGUAAUGCAGCUCCAUAAGGCUACAGCCUAUAACUGGGAAGCUGAAAGAAAUAAAUACAAAGACAUUCAAGAUGAUGGAACUAUGUCUUUUUUCUGGCAAGCCCAUACAAUACUGGUAUUGGUAAUGUCCAGUAUUGUUCUGGUAUAUGUUACAAUAUUUGAAGAAACUGUAGAUGACUCUGAUUACAACAUGAAAAGGGGAAUAAUAGCAAUGCUGUUGACAUUUUUAGCAGUAGGUGUGACACAGACUCCAGAUGGUCCAUUAAAAAGACCACAUCCUGCAUUUUGGAGGUUGAUACUCUGUUUAAGUAUAGCCUAUGAAUUGGCCUUGGUCUGGCUCUUAUUUCAGACUGUGCAUGAUGCCAGACAUAUCCUAACACACUUUGAUACCAAGCUUGGCAAGGCUCUGGAACAGAAGUCUUAUGGUGGAAGCUGUUUGUUGUUUGAUCCAAAUAAUACAGACCCAUUCCAUAAUAUCUGGGAUAAAAUGGAUGGAUUUGUUACUACUCAUUUCUUUGGAUGGUGGUUAAAGACUUUGAUACUGAGAGAUUGGUGGUUAUGUAUGGUAUUAAGUAUUAUGUUUGAACUAUUGGAGUACACGUUAGAACAUCAGUUACCAAACUUCAGCGAAUGUUGGUGGGAUCAUUGGAUUAUGGAUGCUUUAGUUUGUAAUGGUUUGGGUAUAUACCUUGGCUUGAAGUCCUUAAAGUACCUAUCCAUGAAACAUUAUCACUGGAGAGGGAUGUGGAAUAUACCAACUUACAGAGGAAAAAUGAAGAGAGUGGCAUUACAGUUUACACCAUAUAGUUGGACAGAUUUUGAUUGGAGGCCACUGUCCAGUUUAAAACGAUGGCUAGCCAUGUUAGCUGUUAUUGCCAUAUUUUUAUUAGCUGAAUUGAACACAUUCUACCUCAAGUUUGUAUUAUGGAUUCCUCCACCUCAUUGGAUUAAUCUACUCCGGCUAGCCUUCUUUUUAUUUAUGGGUGCUGCUGCUAUGAGAGAAGGCUUUCAGUAUUUAGAUGACCCAACCUGCAAGAAGUUUGGACGACAAGCUUGGAUGAUAAUUGCCAUUAUCAUAACAGAAUUCCUGAUUGUGGUCAAGUUUGACUGGGAGACAAUCAGUAAGCCAUUGCCACCACACAUAGCAUAUUUCUGGAUUUUAGGUCUGUUAUUACUUGUUGGAUGGACAAUAUUCAAAUUUUAUAUAUAUAGAGAUGUAAAAAGUGAUUUACCUGAAAAGACUGAAACAUCUAAUGGAAAUGCAGGAAAUUCUGUACCAAUUCAGAAAUCUCAAAAUAAUGGAAAUCGGGAGUUUAACUUACGAUCAAGAUCCAAAGUUACUAAAUCAAAUUAGGAUUUUAAAAUUCUGUGGCUAUAAGUAGAAUGUUGUGUCUUCUUGGUGUACUGUAAGGGUUGACUUUGGUCCUCAUACUGUUUUCAUUAAUGAUGAUAUUAAGGAUUUUGCACUUAGUGAUAUGCUGUUUAUACUAUUUUAAAGGUAUGAAUAAUGAUAAUUCAGGAAUGAAUAGAAAGUCUGAUUAAUUACUAUAACUAUAACAUAAAUACAGCUCUUAUACAACACCGGUUAACAACCGUUGGUAAUGAAAUGUUAGAAAAGUUUGUAGGUGAUAAAAUAAGUAAUAUCACUAUAAGAAGAAUAAGUAAUAUCACUAUAAGAUUUUUUUCAUUAAAGAAUUUAGCUAUCAGACCUGUUCAUACCUCAUAGACACAUUAAAGGGACCAAAGACAACUCUGAUGUCUCCACAUGUAUUUGUCAUACUUGUAAUUAAAAAUUUAUUUUUAUAAACAUUGCUCAAUAGUGCCUAAAAAUGUAAAAAGAUUUACUGAUAUAUAUUUUAUUCAUUUUGCUAAAAAGCAUAUUUUUGCUGAGAUAUACAAUUUAUAUUUCCCAUGCCUAGGCUAGCAUUAACAGUCACAUGCCAUGUUUGAGAGAUUUUGUAAACUGGUUGCUUUUUAUAUUUUUUUAUGGAAUUUUAUACAUUUUGCACAAGGCUGUUGUAAAUGUAGGGCAUAGGGCCCAGUCUUCACGCUUAACCACAGGCCCAGCAGCCCAGGCUUGUAAAAUUGCUUUCAGGCCUGUAAAAAUCAUCUCUACAGGCUAACAGAAUCAAACUAAAAUUUUUCAAAAAUUGAACUCUGGGCCUGUUAGAUUUAAAAGUUUAUCGUGAAGACUGAUAGGCUUCAUAUGAUAACAGAGGGUCAUUAAAAUGAGCAUUACACAGUGAAUUUGUUAAUGUAGAUAGCUUAGUUUGUAUCAUUAUAAAUGCUUUAUUUAUACUUAAACUUAGAAAGUUGUGCAAACUUUUGUUCCAUAGUCUGAUGUAGGAUAGCAGACAGAUAUAAAAGGCAUUCUGUUUUCUUUUCAUUUCAUUUCUAUCUGUUUAAAAAUUUUUGGCUUCUUAACCAAAACAUGGGUUAGAUUUAGAGAAAAUGCUUCUGAUAUUUUUACAAAAACAUUGGUUGAUUUUUUAUUUUCAAUUAUUGAUAAUAAACACAGUAAUAAGUGUAUACUUGUUUCUAUUCUAUGUAUAGUAGAUCCACAUCUAUUCAAUGGUUUUGCUAUUUAAGUGUUAUUACAAUUGAUGUAUUAAAGUAGACCAUUUUUGCAAGGGGUGUAUAUCAUGUAUAUUAGCCAAUUCAUAAUAAGAUAAAUCACAAAAUGAUCCCCUUCAGUAAAUUUGGUCUUCAAGAUAGAUGUGAACCAGGGUAAACAAAAAAACAUCAUAAUGAAACCUAACAAACCUGUUUGGUCCUAGAAAUUAAAAAAAUGAUCUUCCCAAAAAUAAACCACUACAGUAUUAUAUAAUUGUCAACUGUAUGGAAAAGUUGUUGCUCAUUUUAAUUUGUGGUUUACAGGUAAUUAUUUUACCACUUGAAAUCCUGUACUUGUAGUUGAUUUUAAUGCCCCCGCCGUAGCAGAGGGGUCAUUAAGUUUUACCCUUGUCCGUCCGUAUGUCCCAAAGUUGGUUUCCGUUCUCUAACUUUAGUUUGCCUGAACCAAAUGUCAUGAACUUUAUACACAAUGCUUAUUACCACAAGACACAGAUCUAGUUUGAAUUUUGGUGGCAUCACUUAAACUGUUCUAGAGUUAUGCCCCUUUACAAAUGGAAUAAAAAUUGCUGAAUUUUUCGUUUCCGUUCUCUAACUUUAGUUUGCCUCAACCAAAUGUUAUUAAACUUAUACACAAUGCUUAUUACCACAAAAUACAGAUCAAAUUUGAAUUUUGGUGGUGUCACUUUUACUGUUCUAGAGUUAUGCCCCUUUACAAACGGAAAAAUUGCUAAAUUUUUGGUUUCCGUUCUCUAACUUAAGUUUGCCUCAACCAAAUGUAACGAAACUUAUACACAAUACUUAUUACCACAAAACUCAGAUCAAGUACAAAUUUUGGUGGUGUUACUUUUACCGUUCUUCAGUUAUGUCCCUUUAUAACUUUAUAUAAUAUGCAAGUGGGGGCAUCAUCUGUGUCCCAUGGACACAUUCCCCAUUUAUUUGUUGUUACUUCAGUGGGUUGAGAUAUUGGGAAGUUAUUUGUUUUCAAAAAUGUAUUAAUCAUCUUUGCUAGCCAAGGGUUACGAUCCAGUCCCCUCCACUCCACCCUUGGCAGAUUAAGCCAACAUUUGUGAUUACAAUGCUGCGCCAUCUACUGGUAUAUAAAAGUCACGCCCAUUCCCACUACAUCAUUCUUGACCAAUGGCAGCACUUGAACACUCUUCAGUGUGGUAGUGUAAAAAUGCUUGUGUCUAAUGAUUACAAAUUUCAUGAAGUAAGAACCGAAAAUAUUUGUUGACAUUCCAACAUUUGAAUGAGAAACAUACCCAGGAACUUCAACUUUUGAUUAAGAACUUUGAAAUUGUCACUAAAUAUCGACUUAGGUUUUGGGAGUAAAGACUUGUUGCACAAUCAGCAUGUGGCAAUUGUUUAUUUACAUUUUCUAUAUGUACAUGUGAUCAUCUUAAAGGUGCUUUUUGAUUGGAUUGCAGACAGUUACAACUGCGACCAAUGGAAAUCAUUACCUCAUGGAUCUGCAAUUCUAUCUUAAUCCACCAAGGGUGGAGAGGAGGGGACUUGGAACGUAACCCUUGGCUAGCAAAGAAUUGUAUUAAUAACUGUUAUAAGUAUAUAGUCUAAUUUUAUUUUCUUUAGAUUUAAGAUGUAUUUAUUGUAUGUACAUGUAAUAAGGCCUGACCAUAGUUUAUUGUAAACAAACUUAUAUGUAAUUUGAAGAUAAUUCAGAUUUUGAUAAAAUUUUGUAAUAUUUUGUAAGUUGUUGAACUCCUUUCGAAUAGCGAAAAAUUGUAUAUGUAGCAAUUACAAUUCCAGAGAUAGAAUCAAUUUAAAAUUUGUGAGAAAGGUCUAUAAAUGUAUAGAUUAUACAUAAAAACCAGAGAAAAAAUAUGCAUUUUUUGUCGAGCCUGCGACUUUUGUCGCAGAAAGCUCGACAUAGGGAUAGCGAUCCGGCGGCGGCUACGGCGGCGGCGGCGGCGUUAGCUAACUUCUUAAAAGCUUUAUAUUUUAGAAGAUGGAAGACCUGGAUGCUUCAUACUUUGUAUAUGGAUGCCUCAUGUUACGAAGUUUCCGUCAGUCACAUGUCCAAUGUCCUUGACCUCAUUUUCAUGGUUCAGUGACUACUUGAAAAAAAAGUUCAGAUUUUUUGUAAUGUUAAAUUCUCUCUUAUUAUAAGUAAUAGGAUAACUAUAUUUGGUAUGUGCGUACCUUGCAAGGUCCUCAUGCCCGUCAGACAGUUUUCACUUGACCUCGACCUCAUUUCAUGGAUCAGUGAACAAGGUUAAGUUUUCGUGGUCAAGUCCAUAUCUCAGAUACUAUAAGCAAUAGGUCUAGUAUAUUCGGUGUAUGGAAGGACUGUAAGGUGUACAUGUCCAACUGGCAGGUGUCAUCUGACCUUGACCUCAUUUUCAUGGUUCAGUGGUUAUAGUUAAGUUUUUGUGUUUUGGUCUGUUUUUCUUAUACUGUAUGCAAUAGGUCUACUAUAUUUGGUGUAUGGAAUGAUUGUAAGGUGUACAUGUCUAGCUGGCAGGUGUCAUCUGACCUUGACCUCAUUUUCAUGGUUCAGUGGUCAAAGUUAAGUUUUUGAGUUUUGGUCUUUCUUUCUAAUACUGCAUGCAAUAGGUCAGCUAUAUUUGAUGUAUGGAAUGAUUGUAAGGUGUACAUGUCUAGCUGGCAGGUGUCAUCUUACCUUGACCUCAUUUUCAUGGUUCAGUGGUCAAAGUUAAGUUUUUGAGUUUUGGUCUUUUUUUCUAAUACUAUAUGCAAUAGUUCAACUAUAUUUGGUGUAUGGAAAUAUUUUAUGAUCUAUAUGUCAGUCACGCAGGUUUUAUUUGACCUUGACCUCAUUUUCAAGGUUCAUUGCUCAGUGUUAAGUUUUUGUGUUUUCGUCUGUUUUUCUUAAACUAUAAGCAAUAGGUCAACUAUAUUUGUUGUAUGGAAGAAUUGUUAGCUGUACAUGCCUGCCUAGCAUGGUUCAUCUGACCUUGACCUCUUUUUCAUGGUUCAUUGGUCAAUGUUUAGUUUACUUGGUUAAUGUUAAGUUUAUGUGACAGUUGUAAUAAAGCUUUAUAUUUAGGACUAUCAACAUAAUAUCAAUGAUUAGUAAAGAAGGCGAGACAUUUCAGCGUGUGCACUCUUGUUUUAACUUUAAAUUUAUAAUAUGAUUAUUAGAUCUCGCUCAUAUCUAUAUAUUAAUGACAAGUUCUCAAAAUGAGGCUAUUUUGGCAUUAUUUUCUGUACUAAAUUAAAGAACUUUGAAGUACUUAUGCCAAUUUUAAGACAAAAUUCUAAAAUAUAAGUACUAAUGUCUGACAGACAAAUGUCUUUUAAAGUUUAAACAUCUGAAAAAUGUUAUUUGUUAGAUUUUUUAAUAAUUUUUGAUUUUCUAAAUCAAGCGGCCAAAUAAGUGGCCUUAUUAGACCUUCUCCAUUAUGUUGAUUUCUAUACUGGUAACAUUUUUACCACUUGAGGGAAUAGUGUUAUUUCUUAUAUAGUUGAUUUUAACAUGUUUAAAGGUUGUGAUUCAUUUUUUUGUUAUUAAAUGUGAAUGUAUAGCUGAUAUUUAUAAGGUUUGUAGUUAGUUGAUCGUAGAAGCGCAUUGUCUUCUGAAAUUUGGUUCUCAUACAUGUACCUUAAGCUAGUCAAUAUUUUGGCUUUGAUGAGCUAUUGUUCUCAUGUGGACCCAUCAAUACCCAUGGUUGUUUAUAGUUUACUUUAAAAACAAUUCACUGACCAAAUUCCAAUAUAGAUGUGCUGAAAUGAUAGGUAGUGUAUCCAGGGUAAAGCUUAUGAUUUUGUCUAUGCCCACAAUCCAACAAAAGGUUAAGGAAGGGUUCAGUGCUCAGAAAAUGUUUAACCCUGCCACAUUCUUUAUGUGCCUGUCCCAAGUCUGGAGCCUGUAAUUCAGUGUGUGUCAUCUUCCAUAUAGGUUUUGUUUUAUUGUUUCAGCAUAAAUCAAGCAAUUAGUCAUGCUGGGGCUUUUUGAAAGCUUACCAAAUAGUACGGGUUAUGGUCAUUGAUAAAGGACAUACAGCGACAUAUAGUUGCUAACUUCCAUGUCCCUUUGUCUCUGGUGGAUAGUUGUCUCAUUGGCAAACAUGCCACAUCUUAUUUUUAUAUGGCUACCAUGAGUAACAAUAAAACAUUAAGGUACAAUACAAUCCUGAUUAUGAUGUUAAUAUUGAUACUGUAAACUCAAUGAUUAUUGUGUUCAUUUAUUAUUGCGAUAUUUGAAGAAUGGACAAAAAUGUGAGUUUAAUUAUUAUAAUUUCAGGAAAAUGUGCAUACAGAUAUACAUGUCAGAAAUCAGAUUGCAACAUCUAGUCAUUGUGAAACUCACCCAGUCCCUAUUAUUGCAUUAACAAAACCUCAUAAUAAUUUCUGAAUUUAAAAGUACAUUUUUGUCCAAUGAGUCAAUCUGUAAGUGUUAAGUUUGCUGGUUUACUUUGUUAUGUCUGAACUUGUAGUUGGUUCUUGUAGCAUUGAUUUAUAAGGCCUAAACAUAUAACUAUUUACCUUCCCAUGCACCUGAUAGUCCUAGAGGGAUAAAAUAUCUGUAAAAUUCAGAAAUGGGUCUCCCUGAUUUAAGAUUUUUUCCUGGGAAGCUAAAGAAUUAUAUUUUGCUGCCUAAUAGGACUACUAUGACAUUGUUGCUUUAUUUGUACUUUGGAAUCUGAAUGUCUUGCAUUUCAUAUUGUAGGUUUUGGUAUUUUAUAAAGUUAUAAGUUCAAUGUAACCUUUUUGUUAGACAAUUACAACCCUCCAUUUCCAAGUGCUAUAGAUUGUCCCACCAUGUAAAUUGUUCUUGUAUGUUAUUGAAAAUCCUUUAAAAUUUUAUAAACUGUGUUAUUUGUUACUUUCAUGUAUGGUAUGCCAUCAACCCCAUUGGGGUAUAACUGUGCAUUUAUUUGAAUAAAGUAUAACUAAUUUUUUUAGAAGUUUGAUAAACAGUGUAAUUGUGCCUAUUAAAGUUUAUCAUCUUCUAUCAGUGUGGUUUACAAUGUAAUUGCAGCAGUUUGGUGAAAUGCAUCUCAUGUUUGGUAUGUAGAAGAGUAGAAGAAAGUAUCUGCAUAAAGUAGUGUAUGUGUAACAAUGGAUUUCACAUAAGUGCUAAAAUUUAGUGUUUGAAUAUCAUUAUCUGAUUACAUUGUCUAACUAUGUGAUUACAUUGUGUGACUAUGUCAUUGCAUAGUAUGACUGAUUACAUUGUGUAACUAUCUGAUUACAUUGUCUGACUAUGUGAUUACAUUAUGUGACUUUCUGAUUACAUUGUAGGACUGUGUUUCACCAUUUGUUCCUGCAUUGAGAUUGAACCAGGUUCUAUUGUCUAUAAUUGAUAGACAUAUGUUUCAUCUAACUUGAUAUUAUGUGCAGAAAUCAAGAAAUGGUUAAAUGUACAAAACAAUAAGGCUUAAAAGACUGUGGGCAUAUUUUGGUUCUUGUAUUUCUUUGUUUUACUUAUUUUGUUGCCAAUCCAAUAUGGGCAGCAAAAGGUAAAUUCAAUAAAGGCAAAGUAUAUAUAAUUCAGAGACAUUUCAGAUUUUGAUAAAAUUUUGUAUGACUUUGGAAAUUGUUGAACUGCAUUUGAAUAGUGAAAAAAAUAUAUAUGUAGUAUUUGUAAAUUUAUGAAGUAGGGCUGUAAAAGCAGAGAAAAAUAUGCAUUUUUUGUAACUUUAAAUUGCAUUUUCUCAAAAAUAUGUCUACAGCAUUUUGGAUAAAAAUGAUAAAUUAUUGCUGUAAACAUUUCCAUUUAAUAAUAUUAAAAAAAUAUGGGGAUCAUCAAAUUUAUUCUUUUUCAGUAGACAACACUGUGACCUAUACCGUAGUUGCUAACUUCUACAUCAUUUGAUCUCUGGUGGAAAAUUGUCUCAUUGGCAAUCAUACCACAUCUUCUUAUUCAUAUAUCAAUUAGUCUCUAUAUAUAGUAUUAAAAAGGGUCAAAACAACAAAACAGUCUUAACAUCAUGACGACCUUAUGCUGCAUUUUUUUAUUUGUAUUUAUACAUCAAGUGUACUUAAAUGAUUAAUGCAGCAAUAAAGAAUGUGGUGACCCCUAAUAUUUCAGAUACAGUUCAACAAGUUUUAAAUGCUAGGAAUAACGAGAGCCAAGAGCACUAUAUAGUUAUAUUUGUAAUCAGAUUAUUGUUAAAACAAUGUAAUUCUGACAAGUGUAAACUGAUUUUGCUUUGGAAAAAGCAUUGUUUUAGAGCUUAUUUAACAGACAUUUUGCUAGCAUUCAUUGAUUAAUCAACAUAAUUGACUAGAAAAUAAAAUAGAAUUCUGAAUGUAAUAUGUAUUACUACUAUAGCUCAGAACCUGUUUCACCAACUGUGCUAGACAAUGCUGAACAAUCUCUAUGUGAACAACUCUUCUGUUGAUGCUUGUGCAAUACUUUGUAUCUUGUAUUUCUACAAAUUCAGUUAUAAAAUUACCGGUAUUUGCAAUAUUUUCUAUGUUUGAUGCAAUUUCUUAACAUACAUGAGGGUCUAGAAUGGGGGUCCUAUAUUUCUUUAUUCUUUAUUUUUUUUAGACUAUAUUUCUCUAUUCUUUAUAUUUUAGCACCCCAUUUUUCUCCGUUCUUAAAUCUUAUUCUGCACUUUUUGCCUAUUAUUCUCUUUUCUGUAAACCCCAUCCAUACCCUCAUACAUUUGAAGGUUACAUAAAUUAGAUACAACUGAUGAUACAUAAAAGUACAUUUGAUUUAAAGUUAAAUUUUGAAAAGAUACAGAAAUUAUUUCAAUUUAUGGCCAUUUUAUCAAUACAUGUACAUUUCCUUUUUAAUGUGUUCAAGUUUUUGUAUUUGUUCUGUUAAACAUAAGGCAAUAUAAAUCAUUAAACAAAUGUCAUACAACUUGUAAUUUUCAUUGAAUGAUUUGCUACACAUAAAUUAGAUGAAAAGGUAAAUAGGUAUAUACCAUAAAUUGGAUGAAUAAAUUGAUGAUUUGUAUAAA